AUUAAAUUUCUCAGUUUAUGAAGAUCUCUCUCGUUGACUUUGGCCACAUAUUUUAUUUUUUCACCUGAAAGAAUAGAUUUGGAUGUUUUAGUGCUCACCUAUCUUCCCCUAUGCAGUUUCCUAUAAAAUGAGACUCUUUCUCAUUCAAAAUGGAACGAAUGUUAUUUAUUCCGUUAUGAGAGAUAUGUGUUGGAGGUUGGAUUUGACACUGAACAAAAUUAAUGGAGGUUACAGUAGUCUGCAAUGGCUUGAACAGUAGGAUCAUCAUGCACCAUCAAUCAUGGAGGAAUUUUGUGACUUAUGCUCAAAUCCGUGAUAUUUCACUCAAUCAUGGUUGUUUGGUAACACUCACUUUGUCUUUGUUGUCAAAUGUGGACAAACUGACAUAAAAAAAAUGACUGGAACAUCAGGAACAACAUCAUCUUGGAACCAUAUUAUCCAACUUUUUGUCAAAAGAAGUUGAUUGCAUUUUUUCUCGUAACCAUGGUUCCUUUUGUAACUGCUAGUGUCUGCAUGGCGUAUGCCAUUUUUCUAGGCAUAUGGCUGUGGCUCUGUUUACUCAUGCGUCAGUUAUGGGGCACAAACUCUGAUCUUGAGGUUCCAGACCCCUCGGAACUGAAGUGGCAAACCACGCCUCUGUCUCAUGGUACUCUGCCAGGAGAGGGCGUCCUAUAUUCUGACAAUUCUCAGGGGAGCAGACCCAUAAGUUUUGCUGCUCCUGCAGUAAACCCAGUGGACUGGUCUGGAGGGAACUCUUUUAAUUGUGUCCACCCUCAGGUUCAAACUCCAGAUUCAGACAUGUCCACUAGAGGUGAUAGAUCAGUAACCAAGCUCCAAGAGAAGUACGGCAGUGAAAGACCUCUCUCGUUUGACUCAUCCGUCGACCGCCGAGCAGCCUAUGCAAACUCCCCGAGUCGCUCCCUUAAAAGUCUAGAUUCCAACGCGAGCAACAGGCCGGGCAGGUACAGCCAGGAUCGCUCGGCAAGCGGGUCACAGCAUCCUCACAGGUCAUCAGGUGACUUCACCUCAAGAUCAGAUAGCUUUGGUGGUUAUCCAUCGGGCAGCGGAACGCAAGAUACCAAGCCGUCAUCACAUCAUCACCCAGCAAUGUCUCAUAUGCGCACUGGAGCUGCAACAGAUGCUCAAGCUCCGGGCAGGCAUCGUGGUUUCCAAGACGAUCGGGGUAAAAUAACGGCCGAUCUGAAGCGCGGGAGCACCGAGAGCGGGUACGGGAGUUUAGACAAGGACAAGAUCAAGCGUGGAAAUUAUAUUGGAUCUACUUCAGGAGACUCGAACCCAGUGAAUGCUAUACGGGAUAAAUAUCUAGUCAAUCGACCAUUGUCAACAAGUAAUGGGGAUUCUUCUGCUUCUAGAACAGGUUCAUAUGGAUCACGUGCCAUAGCUACCCCUCCUACAUCUGUAAGUGAUAGCCUUGCUAGAGCUCUCCACAGCGGGUCUGAGUCGGAGGACUCCGAAUCGAGGGCUGCUCGCAUCGCAAGAUACAAGGAGCAACGCAGGCGGGAAUUAGCUGAAAAGUACGGCCUUGGUCCCUCAUCCAGCGAAGGAGAAUCGUCAUCGAGGCGACGGUUCUCCAGCCAACAGGAAGAAGCCUCUCCAACUUCUGAAAGAGUGAGAAAACUGUCAAAUGCCAGUGAUAGGAGUUCUAACCUGGAUGCUAUCCCGUUGUCAAGGAGACACGCUAGCAGGGAAUCUCUGUCCAGUAUUACCGGUGAAGUGGAAUCUAUACAUACUAAUGGAAAUACCUCACAGGAUAAUUCACCAGCAACUACCCCAAGAUUAAGCCGGAAAGGCCGUAGGGAUUCUAACAUCUCCACGGAAACGCAGGAUUUUAUAGAUGCCCUGGAGGCGUCCCGUGCAGCACGUAGAGAAAGGUUACGUCGUUCCGAGACCGAGGAUACAUCUGAUGCAGCAGACCGGCUGAUAGCAAGGCAUCGGAGGAGGAAGAGCAGCGUGGACAGUUCUAGUGAUGUCUUUGACUCGCCUCAUAGAAGUGGCUCUAGAGAUCGUCGCCAUGACGACUUCAGUGACUCUGAUUCUGUAACAAGCUCGGCCUCUGUCGAUAGACCGAGCAGACGUCAUAUCAAAUCAGAAAGGAAAGACAUCAGAGAAAGCAGAAGACAAGAUAGUCUAUCGGAGCAAGAAGCCAGGGAGAGUAUUAGACUCAUGAUAAAGAACAUUAACAACUUAUUGGCAGAGGCAAGCAAAGACGACCCUGUAGUCAACGAUAAGAUCGAUAUGAUCAAACUUAAGAAGGAGGAGGAGAAAAAUCCAGAUGAUAGCGAUAACGACGUUGAUGAUAACGUCUUUGAUAUGGAAGACCCAAUUGAAUCAAAAGUUUCUGGAAUGGAUUCAAAAUCACCUGAUGCUGGUGUCCACAAGCAACCCGACGGCUCUGGAACCAACAACAACAAGCCAAGUAGAGACAAGAGGAAGAGGCAUAACCAGGCAGUCACUAUGGAGGAUAUCCAGAAAGCCAGUAAACUUAAGGGAUCAGCAGAUCCAGCUGCAUCACACACUAGCCAGAAAUCCAAAGAUCUCCCACCUUCACCAAAAAUAAUUGAACCUCCAGUCCAAACUGCAAAGACAUCAUCCCAACAGAUGUCCCCAAGGAACCUGAAAGCAGGUGGCUUCAAGAUUGAAACUGUGACAAAGACAGAACUGAAAAAUGAUUCCAGCAUGCCCAAACCUGGAAACCAGACAGUCUUGAAAAGAGCCGCAUCACCAACCCAAGAUGUAUCCAAGAGAGCCAGCUGGGGGUCAAAUAAAGGAGAACAAUUGAAAGAUGGCUUGAAACCUGCCGGUGAACAGCAGACUGGGGUAGAUAGACCUUCAAGUCCUUUGAGCAAAGUGACACUUAGGAAACCAGAGAUUCCCAAAGUGUUGCAGGAUUCAACCAGGCAGAGAAAGAACUCUGAUAGUAGCAUUUCCACAAGUGAGUCAUUAUCUGUCUCACCUACAAGAAAAGUGAGAGGUGGCAGCUUUUCAAACAAAUCAUCAGAUAGUGAAAAGGCUGGAAGUCUUCAGAGGCCAAAGUCAAUGCCACUGAAGGAUUCAGCAACUUCUAUCCAAUCCAAAGAUCAAAAGACUCCAAGUUCAAAGACUGGUGGUCAUGCCAGGGUGUCAUCUUCUCCAGAAAAGAAGCGUUUAUCAAAGACAAUGUCAUCUCCAGAAAGAAAACCACCAAAGAAAACAGACACAAAGACAUCUGCAGAAAGAAAGCUGUCCUCAGCUUCAUCAACUUCAUCCUCUACCAAAAGUUCUCAGGUUGAUAAGAGAACCUCGUAUCCACCUGCAAAGACAACAUCCCCAGAUAGGAAGCCUCUUUCUAGAAGACAGUCUUCACCGGAGAAAAAGCUAACAACUAGGCCUGCCUCACCGGAGAAAAAGCUAACAACUAGGCCUGCCUCUCCGGAAAAGAAACUGACAACCAGACAACCUUCUCCAGAGAAAAAAGUCUCAAAGACAACAGGAGAGAAGAAGCUCACCAGACAAGCCUCUAGUGAAAAGAAACCCUCAAGAACAACAUCCCCUGAGAAGAAAGUCUCAGGGAAAUCCUCCACAGAUAUGAAGUCAUCAAGGACAGUUUCCCCUGAUAAGAGGGUAUCAAAGACAUCGCCAACAGAAAAGAAAGAUGUAAGAGCUACAUCUCCUGAAAAGAGGCCUUCCACAAAACGCACAAGCUCCCCUGUGAAAAAGCCAUCUGUGAAGAAGGAUUCAGAGUCAAAGACCAAUAAGAAAUCACCAGAGUCUACCAAGGCAACCAAAGAUGCUGACAACAAGAAGAUGGAAAGCAAGACAAACGGUGUUGAUGUUAGCAAGAAGGAACCAGCCAAAUCAGAGUUGAUAGUCCAGAAACCCCAAGUUAAGGAGGAAAUCAUCGCUAAGAAGGAAGAAAACAAAGAAGAAGCAGUUCCUGCUGCCCCAGAACCUAAGAUGCCUCAGCCAGUUGUGACCAUCGUUGCACCAGCUCCUGAUAGAAAACCUAGCCAAGCCAAGAGAAUAAGGAGUAGAACAAUUGAGGUUGACAUGCUGAGGAGAAAUGGAACACCAGAUCCCAAGAGGGACGCCCUGUCCACCAAGGAUGAUGAACUGUUUGCUAUGAUGCAGAUGAGAGCCCAACAGAUCAGAGAAGAAGAGGAGAAAGAAGGAAAGGUCGACGAGAGUGGAGAAGAGGAGGAUAGGAGCGUCUCUGAAGAGAAGCCUGAAGAUGUUAUUAAGGUAUCUCUCAAGGACAGGAUGCAGUCUUUCAAGGGUAAGGAAUCCAAGCCUACCCUUGUGGAUUACAGCAAGCUACCGGUGUCACCCACCCCAAAGAGAGCCACCAAGAUUCAGCCUCCUCCUGAGAACAGACCAGAGCCUGUCAAUGUAAAGCAGAAUGGAGAAGAGAAGAAGAGUGGAGAUGAAGUGGAAGAAGAUGACCAACUGGCCGGUCUUAGCCUCUCAGAGAAGAUGAAGAUGUUCACUCAGAUGUCAGCCAUCAGGAAGAAGGCACAAGAAGAGGAGGAGAAGAGAGCCAAGUCCAAAUCAUCAUCAAGGUUCCACAGAACCAGAGGACGAGACAGGUUCCAGACACAGCCAGUCACCCCGGAGGAACUGACCACUGCAUCGUCCUUGGCAAAGGAGAUGGCUGCCCAAGCCGAGAAUAAAGAAGAGAGUAAAGAGAAAGAUGAAGACAUUGCCCGUGAAGUUAAGAAAGAGGAGAUCGAAGACGCGAUGAAUACGCAAGACAGGAUCAGGGAGGAAAUUCGUCAAGCGAAAUUGAGGGAAACAAUUGUGGAGGAACCGUCGGAGGAAUCCGAUGAUACUAGUAGUCGACUGCCAUCGAUGGCAGAAGAAGAGGAACCCCCAGCAGAUGUCCAGGAGGAUGAAUAUUCCAAAUUAACUCUAUCUGAGAAAAUGAGACUGUUUAAAGAGAAAUCAACAGAAGGGACUAAGCCACCUCCAAAAGUAGAACCUCCGAAGCGCAAACGGAGAAGUGAAUCAAGAUUCAGAACUCAACCCAUCACUGUAGAUGAGGUUAAGAAAGCAGCUGUGUCUCCUUUAGCAAAGAGUUUUUCACGGCCGCCAAGUGUGGAAAUCCUUGGUGCUCUGCCCAUUGCCCAGCAGGUUUCGAUGGUCUAUGGGGAAUCCAGUGCGACUCCUCACCCUGCCACUAUGAACGGUCGAAGUGUUUCAUCAACGCGCAGGAGUUCCAACUCAGAUUUAAAAGAAGCAACGAAAGACACUGCAACAAAAGACACUGCAUUGAAAGACACUGCCACUCCAAAACAGCUGCCCAAGAAGGAAGCAGAAGUGAAGCCUCAGUCGUACAAGGAUACUGUGAAGAAGCAGAAGAACCUGAUGGCCAUGUUGGCAUCUGAAAUUAGAGGUACGUCAAAAGAAGAAGAGGAAGUUGAGCACCCAAAGACUGAAGCUGUGGAUGCAAGCAUAAAGAUGGCUAGAUUAGGUCAUGAUGUGACAUCACCGACUGAGGAGAAAGAGCCCAUCUUAGAAUCUGUAGAGACAAAAACUGUUGGUCAGACUCAAGCAGCUCCUGUAGCUGCCAACAGAAAGAUAGACAGUGUUCCUCAGAAAGCUCCACCAAGUCCAAAAACGAGACAUUCACUUAUUCAGAAACAAGGCACCAGCGAGACGCCGUCGAGCCCCAAGAAGCAGCUAUCAAGUCCCGAGAAGAAGUUGACCAAACCUCAGCCCCACCCUAGGAGUCCUCAGAACAUCCGGCGUAACGGAACUGCCAAGAGUACGAAAGAUGCUGCUCCUCCCUCACCCGUGCCCUCUCCUAGGACUAGGAAAUCAAAGAUGGGUUCUUCUACAUCGGUGCGGAGGCAGGACUCCCAGGAUGGGGACAUCUCAAGUGGUGCAGAGGACGGGAAGAGGAUUGUGAAUGGUGCCGCCAAGGGAUCGUCCUCAGAGUUUGCCACACCUCAGAGGGAAAAAAAGGCGGACCAAAAGAUUGAAGAGUGGAGCUCUGAAUCAGAGGCCGAGGUUAGACAGAGGGUUUCCCCGGUCACAGAGGAACACGUUGCCCUCAUCAAGAAGAAAUCCAAGAAAAAUAGUACUGCUGAGAAAAGAGACAGGUAGGAACACCAAUUUCUAUUAUGCAUCUAUAAUAAAAACAAGAAUAAAUUGA